GUAUUAGUUAUAUUUAACCUUAAGCUACCUAAUGAGCCACCUUGUAUACGCAUUACUUCAAGUCAGACCAUAACCAGACAGCGAGUUAGCUUCAAUGCGAAAUUCAUAAACGUCAACACCAACACCAAAGCCAACAGAAAUGAAAAUAACACCAGCGCAAAAACAAAACAACAAGCAACAAAGCAAUAACAACAUUAUCGCAUAUUCAUCUACAAUCAGCAAAUCGGUGAGAAAAAAAGUUCGCACUGUGUGCGCAUACAGUGCCGCGAACGCCGAAUCUCCACUACGAAAAUCAGUUGACGAACUUCAAUCGUAACGGUGAGUUCCAUUGCUGCGAAUACCGUCCAGCGCCGUCGUUGGAAAAGUUGCGCGUGCGGUUUAACUGUGAGCGCGAGUGAGAAGGAAACAAAUCGGAAACCAAUUGGUGUAUGAAAUAUUUAUUAUUUUUAAGUGAUAACAUAAGCUAACAACUAAAUUGCAAAUAUUCGAAAAUAUCAAGCCGAAAAUCGAAACACCAGGAGUAAAACCAGCUGCGCGCGUGUGUGUGCCAAAGUUAAUAAAAUUAAUGUGUGAAUAUAUAUUUCUAUAUACAUACAUACAUAUUUGUGUGUAGUACAUAAGCGCACCUGUGUGAACGGCAUACCAAUACAAGCGCAUACAUUUGUAUAUUUUUUUACCUUGACGUCACGGCUCUUUUUAUAACCAGCCAGCAGUCGCCAACGUAACGAUUGUGUAUUGGCCGUGCUCCCGCUCAACCGAAGCGCUAAACAUAUCUUAGAUACGUCUAGAUAAUAACGCGACAACCCGGGCUCCCAACGCGUGGCGGAGAGUGUACGCGGCGUUGAUACCAACAACAUAACACAGAGGCACAGUUAACAAAAGUCGCUGGCAAAAAACUAAAGCAGUACAAAAACAACAAAAAACGGCUCACAGCUACAGCGCGGAAUUGUGCGAAUACAACCGUGUUUGCGUGUGCGUAACAAAAGCAAUUACAAGCACACAUAAGCAUAAAUAUAAUUUAUACAUAUUUAUAUCUUUGUAUGUCUGUGUGUGUUUCGUAAAAAGAAUGCUCGCUUAAAAAUAAAGCAAUUUAGUUACAAACGAAAUAUUUACAACAACUAUAUGUACGUUGAAAAAAAAAUUAAAAAAUAAAUAGCCAAAGAAAUAAAAUUAAAUUUAGCGUACGCAAUCAGCAACAACAACAACAAAAUUUCGAAAGUGUACACAAGCAAAAAGUACAAAUAUUUUUAAGCCGAAACAUGCAUAUGUUUGUAUAUAUGUACAUAUGUAUGUACGUACGUACAUAAGCAUCGCAAGCACACAUGUACAUAAGUCGCGCUUAGCUCGGCUGUUCCAGUCAAAAAAUCAAUUUUGAUUUGCUCACAUUUAUCGCCGCAGUGAACCCCAAAUGCUACAAAUCUGUGCUUAAAAUUACGAAAUAAAAAAACAAAAACAUAUCAAUUGUAGAACGCAAAAAAUUGUUCACAAAAAAAUAUUGACGCCACAAAAAUACCUCAUUAUCAUAAAUUCAACAUUUUUCUUGCACACAAAUGAAUGCACGAUAGUGCGCUUAUUUAAUAAAUACACACAUACAAACAAGGCUGAGACCAGACACAGCUGCGCUGAAACCCACGACUGAGCAAAAAAAACAAAAAAAUAAAAUAAAACCCAAACUGAAACUGAAAUUGAAAUUGAAAUAAUCUCUCACAUACGUUUGCAAAAACGAAAUAACAUAAGUAAAAAACAACAACUACAAAGCAAAAAUUGCAACAGAAAAAAUAUUAAAAAUAAAAGCUAAAUCAAGAACAACAACAACAAACAGCUUGAAAUCACCCACUGCAAUAACGGAAGAGACGCGAACAACGUGAGCGUGUGCUGAAAAUGGUAUUCUACAUAUCGGUAUUUGGCAAAAAUGUCGACCCACCCGACAAGCCGACGGUCAACGAAAAGAGCAUGGCCUGCAUUCAAGAUGGACUGGAACAUAUGAGAAUAGGUGCCGCUAACCUUUCCUACACAACAGACAUCGACUUUCAUCGCCCACAACCAGAAAAUAACGGCACAGACAGUUCGGAUAAUACCUGCCAACAUCGAUGGACGCCCACAAAUGGUUACCAUGAUAAGGGUAUUGGAGUGAUGACAAGCCUUCUGGGUUGUAUGAAACCGAUACUCUCCUUUAUGACCAAGACUGGCGUUAUCGAGAUCAAGGACCCGAAAGAUUACGCUUGGGAAAUACCGUUUGAAUGCAUAACGGGGUUGGAGUGGCUCGGCAGCGGCGCGCAAGGUGCCGUCUUCAGUGGAAAGUUAAACAACGAAAUUGUUGCUGUGAAGAAGGUAAAAGAACUGAAAGAAACAGAUAUUAAGCAUUUAAGAAAGUUGGAUCAUCAAAAUAUUAUUAAGUUCAAAGGUGUUUGCACACAGCCGCCUGUAUUUUGUAUAAUCAUGGAAUUUUGUCCCUAUGGUCCACUACAAAAUAUACUGAAGGAUCAGCGGAAUAAGAAAGUGAUGCUGCCAUCACGUUUAGUCUCGUGGUCGAAGCAAAUUGCACACGGCAUGCAAUAUCUGCACUCACAUAAAAUCAUACAUCGUGAUUUGAAGAGUCCCAAUAUACUGAUUGGCCAUCAAGAGAUAGUGAAGAUCAGUGAUUUUGGUACAAGCAAAGAGUGGAAUGAGAAGAGCACGAAAAUGAGCUUCGCUGGUACCGUAGCUUGGAUGGCACCUGAGGUGAUACGUAACGAGCCGUGCUCGGAGAAGGUCGACAUCUGGUCGUAUGGUGUUGUACUGUGGGAAAUGUUAACAUGUGAAAUACCGUACAAAGAUGUCGACUCGUCAGCCAUAAUUUGGGGUGUGGGCAAUAACUCAUUGAAACUACCGAUACCGUCCAGUUGCCCAGAGGGUUUCAAAUUAUUGGUAAAUUUAUGUUGGCAUACUAAACCGCGAAAUCGUCCCUCGUUCGGGCAAAUAUUAACGCAUUUGGAGAUAGCCGGUCCGGAGCUUUUGCGUAAAACCGACAACGGCUAUUUCGAGGCACAGCAAUCCUGGAAUGAGGAAGUGCGUAUGCAUUUCAAGGAAAUCUCACAAAAUGGCACCAGCAUACAUAAAUAUGAACAGGACUUGAUCAGACGGCGCACGGCUGAGUGGCAGCAUGCGCAGGACAUACGGCUGGUCUACGAGGAUAAGUUGGAGAAGACAAAUCGACUGUACUUAGAAUUAAGUGAAUGCAUGACACAACUACAGGAAAAAGAAAAGGAGAUCGCUAUGCGCGAAAAGCAACUGCCAGGUUACAAACCCUCGAGACGUUUGGGCAGCACGCUACGAAAAAUACAAAAUUACCGCAGACGACUUAAUCCACCUAUUAAUAUACCAGGAAAUGCUCAAAAACAACAACAGUCGUCAUCACCUGACCCCGAAACAACGCCAGAGAGCCCACUGAAGGCAACACUCUACGCACAGGUUAUAAAUUUGAAUAAGACGAAAUCCUAUUGUGUGGCCACGCAGAAGCCGAAGAAGAGCAGACAUCGACGAGUUGGUUCCGGUGGUUUCGCCGCUGCACCCAAAUAUAGUCCAAGUCGAGACCGGCGAUAUCAAAGCGAACCGGAAAAUCGUAAGAAUGUUAAGUUGGUCGACACUGAAACUCAAACCGAUGUCAUGGAUAUUAGUGAAAUGGAUAUUAGUCCAAAUGCCUCCUGUGCAAUGCGUGAUAUCUCUAUGACACUUGCCAUGGAGUCUGGUUUGCCAUCCUAUGAAGUUUUAUAUCUAACAGAUCGCAUAAAGCAGCGCCAGUCGGCUCAACCACAAACCGCUAUGCAAUGUAGCCAACAGCCGCUACAUCAUCAAAAUGACCAACCACAACAGACAGAUGCAACGGCAUCGGCGCUUACCCCAACCAGUCUGAAUGGUAAUUCCAUGACACCGUUGGAUGUGACAUUCCAAGAUGCAUGCUCUAGUCCCGACCAAUUACUCGACGAUGUUAUCAAUAGCAACGAAAGACUUGACUUACCCGAUUAUUGUAGUUCCAAUGAGCACCUCGAUCGUCUUGGGGAAAAGGUGAUCAAGUUUAUCAAUGAAAAUCGACUGAGUAUACAGACUACAACCUCAAUCAGUAAUCAAGGUGAGCUGGCGACAACUCGUCUGCAACCGUCUGAUAAUGGCAAUGAGAACACGAACGAUGGCAAUGGCACAAGCAGACAUGAUUUAAGUCGCGAUGCCGCAUUGGAAAGAAUGACGCCGAGAACGAGUAGUGUGCGACGAAAACACCAGCACACAUUGGACAAGCCUGUGGCAGUGGAGGAACAAGCGUGCAACAAUGCGAAUGGUGAAUCCAACGAAGAUAUAUUCGAUGACAGUUGGUCGGAUGAGGAGGGUGAGGAUACCGACUACCAUUAUGGACUUAGACGCCGAAGCAUUGGACGUUUACCGAUUGGACGCGGCAUGCGUGCACGUCGCGGGUACAAAAUACCAAUCAUACCGAAAAUUCCAAUACACAAACGCAAUGUUACAGUCGUAUCGGAUGAAGAGAACACCUCCGAGUAUAGUCACUCACCGUCCAGCCAACAUUCUACGCUCGAAAGUAAUCCUGAUGAAGUACUCAAACAAAUGAAGGCAAACAAGAAGGCGAUCAACGCUGCGACCGCCACAACAGACAGCGAGGAGGAUGUCUCGUCGAGUAGCAGCAGCGAUGACGCUGACGAUCUCGAAACGCAGCAUGAGCGUAGACCAACUACAACAACAGCAACGGCUGCCACAGCAACACAACGACAAAGGCGCGAACAACGACAACAGCAAGCACAACAAAAAUAUGCAACAACAACCAGAGCAAUAAAUAUACCCGUUGCCGAGUCAUGUAAUGUCGGCCUAUCAAACGUGCCCAAACGCAGCGAUGUCAUCUCCAUACCAACAUACGAAGCGGACGGCGCAGUGGACAUGGUCUAAACUUGUAAGCGCCCAUCAACAACUACUAAACAGGCUCAGGAACUAUAACUACUCCACGCAUAGAUACAAAUGUAUAUUUACUUAUACUAUGUUGUAUGAGGCUAUAGUUCCAUUAAACACAUAAAAAGUAGCAUGUAAAAACAAAAACAAAAAAAAAACAUUAUAGGAAAACGAAAAACAAAUUAUAAACGCAAAACAAUUUCGCUUUAGUUCAAGUACAUACAUACAUAUGUAUCUCAGAAAAAAACUUUAAUGUCCUGUAUUUAAUAUUACAAACUACCAGUUUAUUAAGUAACCGUUAUGAUAAGUGUACAACAAACAAGUCAGACAUCUUGUCAUUAGUAAUUAGUCAUAAUAUGUAUAAUUACUUACAUAAUUACAUACAUUUACAAAGGAUUGCAUUAAAUUAAGUACCCAUUGCAUUGUAAUUAAGUGUUUAUUAUAUAAUAUUUAGUUUGAACGAUAAGCAAGUAAAUUGUAGUAUGUGCGCAUUAUUUAAAAACAUAUAUACUUAUAUACUACAUAUGAAAUUUCAAAUACCUACUGGUAUUUCAUUAAGAUUUCAAAGUUAUCGCAUGCUCAAUUUGCCAGAAAAGAAUGGUUGCAAAUCUCAUUUGAUCGACUGUUGAAGAUCAGGUCUUGUAUCGCUAGCUUUAUUAUUAUCAUUCAUGUUGUGAUAAAGAACCGUGAGAGCACAUACAAAUACUCACUUCACUAAUAGCGGCCAUACACAGGCACACAUGUGCGUUCGAUCGGUAUGUGUAAACAUGCGGUUUACUCGUGUAUGGGCUUGUUCGCGUACCGAUCCAUGUUCGCGAAAAUGUUUGAUUUUUUACGAUCGGUGCGCGAGCAUGUUUAUCGUGUAUGGCGUUGUGAGCGCACAAAAUCUCAUUUCUCUCGUGUCGCCGAGCAGUGAAGAUCGCGGACAAUUGCAAGUGUUAAGGGGAGAGACUGCUUUAGAGGCAUCAAAAAAUCGAUUUUUUUGAGGAUUUUUUUGGGAGGGAAAGAAAUAAUUGAUUUAAGCGAAAUUUCUAGGCUUUAUAGUCAUAUAUUCGAACAUCUUUCACAAAUUUUUUGAAUACGAAAUCUUUGAUAUUCUGCCUUUAGGAAGCAAUUACCCGAUGCAUCUCGCAUAUACAUUUAUCAGGAACAAAAAAUUCAAAGAGAUUCAUGUUUUUUAAUAACUUAUCUUCUAGUUAAACUAAGAAAAUUCCAAAAAAAAAUUUACUUUAUUUUGUUUAAAAAUAUGUUCAAACUUGACUUUUCCUAGUUUUUUUUUGCCCGCCAAUUAAAAUAAUCGUAAAAAUAAAAAACCGAGAAAUCGCGCUUUUCGCUUUUUUCCCAAGCGCUCAUGUAUGUAUCUGUUUGACGCUCGGACACUAUUUCCCUUCUAGCUUCGACAAUAUUUAGAGUUCCAAUCUAUAACUUUGUUUGUUAGAUAAUUUUUAAAGAGAUUUAAGCGAUUGUUUGAAGCUUCUAAAGCAGGCUCUCCCCUUAAUAAAGAUUUCGUAUCUGAAUUUAUUGAUCUUAUAAAAAAUUAAUUCGCAAUUUGGCAAACGAAAAGUGAUACAUAUAAAAAUAAUAUUGAGAAAAAUAAAAGUUGGAAUAACUUAUUAACGAAAUACAAAGAAAUAGAUAAAAGUGCUACAUUAGAAAUAAAUUCGAAGAAAUGUUCCGCUUGCCUGUCGCACAUGUUAACUGUGUGAAGAACGAACGCAAAAUGGAUUUGUGUGUCGUGUAUGGGCAAACGAAUUCACACAGAUCGAACGCACAUGUGUGCCCGUCUAUGUCCUCUUUAAGGCAAAAGUAUUUAUUAUAUUACCGUAGUAUCCAUAGGACCCGUUAGUUACGAAAUUUGUAUUAAAUUGUCUCAUUUCUAUCAGGAUCUUGAAAACCGAACUUUAGAUAACCAGAAAUUCCUAAUGUACAAUGAUAUAUAUGUAAAAAAUGAAAAGAUUUACUGAUGAGCAUUUGUUUUGUGUUAAGAAAAAACAGUUUUAGUUGUGAAAAAAAUGAUCAAAAAACUGAUUUCUUUCAUUACAUUUACAUACUGUUCAUUUUAUUAAAUAUUUUUCAAGCUUUGACCCAUUCGAGAGUUCGCACAUUUUCUGCUAGCGAGAAAUCGAAAACAACAAUGAUAAAUCAGGACAAUACAUAUUUCGAUCAUUUUUUGCUGAAUAUAAUUAGUAAAAAUAGCAUUAUUUUCAAGUUUUCUAAUGGUAGAUUAUUUGGAAUAAGAGAUAUUCGGCGUAAAUCGAAAGAAAGGAAAACUAAAAAAAUCUGUGUAAAAAAAUACAGGGGUAUGCGGAUUACAUUUAUAGUAUAUAAUGUGUUUAUUGAAGGUCGCUUCAAACAGUUGUACCAAAUUCAGUAGGCCCCUGGUAACUAAUGGCGAUCUUCGUUCGCAACGAUUUAAUAUUUCUUUCUUGCAUAUGAGUUUUCUCUUCUUCACUUUUAAGUAAAUAAUUAAUAAAGCAAUUUUUGCGUAAAAUACCGUUACAAAAGAGAAAAAAACCUUUAAGCUAAAUUUGAUGCAAAGUUCAACCUUCAAGCUAUAGUAAUUUUCAAUUUACGUGUGCUACUACGAAUCCAAAUAAGACAUAACGCCUCUCAAAGUAUAGUAGGCCUACUUUGAAAC